GUAUUACUGCAUACUGUACUUUUCAAGCUUCUCUUACCUACAGAGAGAGCUUUCCCCUGUGAUUCUCUGCAGCGCGGGAGGCUCGCCCCUGUGCACCCACCCAGUCAGAAGCAAGUCCCACUUGAGUUUCAUGGGGCUCCUUCCCAGGCUUCAAACCAUUUCCCUCCUGUGAAUUCAUCCUUCUGCUGGGAAAAUGGGCGCUUCCCGGUGGUAAACUGGAGCAGAGGUCCCGCAAGGCAGAGGCUCCCGGCUCCUAGCAGCCCGGCUCUGCUUCACAGGGCAGCUCGGAUGUGGCGAACCGACGGGAAUCCAGAGGUCCCGGCCGGUGUCCCCCGCCGCCGCCGCCGCCGCCCCUCCGCCCCGGGUGGGAGUGGCUGGAUGAUGUGGACGGCUGGCAGCUGAAGAGGGCUGCUGCGGAAAGCCAGCCCGGGCACACCUUCCUUUUGCGGCAACGGUGGCUUCGCCUUCCCGAGCAGGCGAGGAACCCGGCGCCUCCUCUAACAUCCGGCCCGAGAGGCGAGGCAAGCAGGCAGCUUCCCGCGGGAAGGAAAGCGAAGGCAGCUCCCCGCGAACCGCCGCCAAGGAAGCAAGCGAGAUGGCCUCAGCCAAUGAUACCCGGCAAACACCCAAAGAUGCUGCUGACCAGAACUUUGACUACAUGUUCAAACUGCUAAUCAUCGGCAACAGCAGUGUAGGCAAGACAUCGUUCUUAUUCCGAUACGCUGAUGACUCCUUCACUUCGGCCUUCGUUAGCACUGUGGGCAUUGACUUCAAGGUCAAAACUGUCUACAGGAAUGAAAAAAGAGUCAAGCUGCAGAUUUGGGACACAGCUGGCCAAGAGCGAUACCGGACCAUAACGACAGCCUACUACAGGGGAGCAAUGGGUUUCCUACUCAUGUAUGACAUUUCCAACCAGGAGUCUUUCAGUGCUGUACAAGACUGGGCAACUCAGAUCAAGACCUACUCCUGGGACAAUGCUCAAGUGAUUCUGGUUGGGAAUAAGUGUGACCUGGAGGAUGAACGAGUGGUACCCACCGAGGAUGGCAAGAGGUUGGCCGAUGAACUAGGUUUUGAAUUCUUUGAGGCCAGCGCCAAGGACAACAUCAAUGUCAAGCAGGUCUUUGAGCGGCUGGUGGACAUAAUCUGUGAAAAGAUGAACGAGAGCCUGGAUGGGGGUCCUGGAAUGAAUAGCAAUAACCACAAGAACCCAGCGUUGAACGAGGCCCCAGCUGCUCAGCCCAGCAGUUGUUCUUGCUAGGCAGGACUUUGCCCGCCCCUCGGACCCUGCAGCACCUCAUUGUCCUACAUAGAUAAGAAGGGAAGCUCAGCUGUUGCCCUUCUCUUUGCCUGACUCCUGGUUGGCUCCUCUGCCCUGUUUGGCCUCUUGACUGCAUGUGCCAACUGUCUGGUGCCCCUGCCUUUCUCUUCCUCAUAGCAUGUGUGGGCCUUAUUCUAGCAUGGUUCUUUCACACACGUGGCACACGCAUUCACGCACCAGCAUACAUAGCCCACGUGAUUUGGACCCAGCUCUGGGCCAGUGGGGGGGGGUCGCCUUCCCUUGCCUCCUCUUUUCCGCAGGGCUCCGGUGGAACUGCGUCUCUUUGCCGCACCAACCCUCUGGCUUUAUUGCUGGGCAGCUCAGUGACUGCCUGGGAGGCCAGUUCUCUUUAUGUCAACUUCAGUCUUCUGUGAGCAUCUCUUUUAUUUAAGAAAUAAAUCUAACAGCAGUUUGGAUGAUGGCCAUCCUCACUCCCUAGGUCUUUAAGAACUGGGUGUGAGUGAGAGAAAUGCCACCAGAGCGACACCGGUCUGUUGUGAGUGAGAACUAUUCUCUUCGAAAUUGUUCAUGUGAGAUGGGUGCUGUGUGGCAGAACAUGCUGGUCUCGCCUCCUCCACAGCGUAUGUACAAGGAGUGAGGCUGGGGAGCGGAUCAACUGGGAAUUGUGUUCCUUCCUUCCUGUCUUCUAAACUGACGUGGAAGAGACAUCCCAAGCUCUUGCUGAGGACCCAACUUAAAACUAGAUUUCUAGGAGACCCUUGCUGAUCUUUCACCAAGGAAUAAUGUAUCAAAAUGGGUGCAUUAGGAAUACUUCAGUGAGCAGUGACAGCAGGCUAAUAUGUGGGUUGCCACUUAUGCCGUAAAGUAGUAGUUUGGGCUAAGGGGUCUUUUUAAAUCUUUUCCAACUCUGUGAUUCUAGUUUCAGACUGUUCUUCAGAAUCUACUUACUCUAAUCUCAGUUAAGAGCCAGCUUCUCCCCAGACAUUCAAAGGUCUUGCUAAUUAAGAAUUGCUCUAAGAAGGAAAACCUUUAAACUCCCUGCAGCCUUCAUCUGUCAGACUUUCCUAAUACAAAUGUAUGUGGUGUCGCCACCAGGUGCGACCCAGGGGAAUCAGCAUAAGAAGUUGCCCCUUUAUUCACCUUGCCCAUAAAUUCUCCAUUCCAGACAUUGCCAUUGGGUCUUCAGAUCCCAACCUAUGUUGUUUCCCCCAAAACUGUGAAAAUAGCUUGGCUUAUUUUUAAUUCAGUCUGGAUAGAGACUGAAACAUGAGACUUUAAUCCUUUCCUACAGGUAUUCUCAUCAGCUUCCUUCAAUCCCAUCCUACUGAGUGCUAUAAUGGCAGAUUUGGAAGUGCAAGUGUUCACCAUGACAAUCCCCAUACCAGCCAGCAUCCUCCCCUCCCACUUCCUGGUAAAAGUAAAAAAAUGAAGGCAGCUGGAUUGGUCCAGUUCAACAAAAUGAGGAGCAGGUCUUUUGUGAAACCAAGUUAAGAUCAAAACACCCUUGAAUUCUUUGUACCACCCCAGGGACAGCUUGCCUUUAUGCCCUCCAUCCAUCUAGGCAAAGACCUCUGAUGGCAAGAGGAAGCCUGGCUCUCUUUUACUGAGGACAGAAAAGAGAGAACAGGACACCCCUUUCCUAAAACAAGACAAAUAAAAAUCCUGUUUAAAAAAAUCAUGUACAAAUUUUUAAUAGUCUGACAAUAAAAACGAGGACAACUAC